AUGAGUUAUGUUAGUGUGAUGAUGCUUUCAUGGUGGAACCCUAACGCUCCUAAUAGGGUUUCGUUUCACGUUAAUCUCAGAAACGUUAUAGCAUGUGUAAAUAACGAUAUUGACAAAAGGUCAAACACAAGGAAUCAUGAUGAGGAUGAAAAGGCAAAAAUUACGAAUAUGGAUCUUGAAGAGCUAAAGAGUUAUGUUCUCAAUCAUGAGGAUGGUAAGAUUGAAGAGUUGAUAGAGAGAUUUGUCACUAAAAAGGCUCAAGCUGAACGAAUGGCUGAUGAGAUACUUCAUGCUAAGGCAGCCAAAGAAAUUCUUAGUAUCAACAACCGUAAUAAUGACAGUAGAAUUUGGACUUGCAUGGUCUCCAUGCAAAAGAGGCAAUUCAAGCCCUCAAGGAGCACUUGCAAAGGAUUGAAUCUCAAGUAUCAGCAUCAGUAG